UUCAUCGCAAGACAAGAAGGUUUCGCAAAAAUGGCCAGUGAUUUGUUUGGCAACCAGGAGAUAAAAAUACUAAUGCUUGGAUUGGGAGGUGCUGGAAAGACCACUAUCCUACAAAAAAUCAAUCUUGGAGACAUUGUCACUAGUACUUCAUCACCGGGUUUCAACGUAGAGACGGUAAAAUACAAGAAUACAACCAUCACAGCGUGGGAUGUUGGUGGUCAAGACAAGAUUAGGCCACUAUGGAGGGAGAUGUUUCCGAACACACAGGGUAUUAUUUUUGUGGUAGACAGCCAUGACAGAGAGCUUAGACUGGAAGCGAGAGACGAACUGAACCGUAUUGCAAACAAAGACGAGCUCAGAGAUGCAAUUAUACUAGUAUUUGCGAACAAACAGGAUCUCCCAAAUGCUAUGGGAACAGGUGAGGUUACAGACGCUCUUGGUCUACAUAAUGUGCGAAACCGAAAAUGGUACAUACAAGCAUCAAGCGCUACCUCAGGAGACGGAAUCUACGAAGGCUUCAAGUGGCUGACAACAGAACUGCGUGGAUAAUAAAAACCCAAUAAAAAGAUAAUUUUUCUACUAUAAAGUGUUACCAUUAAAUAUUUAUGUGUAUAAAGUGCCCGUCAACCCCCCAAAAAAGAAAUCUAAAGGAUAGUGAUUUUUUUCCGAUGAGCUUGAACUUAUGUGGUGUUGCAAGAAAACAUUUGCAAUCUUGGAAAAUUACAAUUGAUAGAUUUAAUUUAACUGUAGCAAAUCAAUUCAAACCGUCAUGUUUCAGAAAGUAGACCAGUAAUUGAGAGUAAAUUUGCAAUCAAUGGCAUGAUGUAUGAUUGAUUUGGGGAUGGUAAAUGGACUGCAAUUGAGUGCAAGUUUCUUCACACACACACACACACACACACCCACACACACACACGCACAUAUAUAUAUAUAUACACACCCUCACAUACACGCACACAAUUUAUUGUUCCCCGCCUGGAUCCGUCACGGGUCACGGGUUAUAGUUUUACUUUUGUUAAAAGUAUUGCAACAAUUCGGAAUUCUAUUCGUUCUUGCUGUAGGAUAAAUUUCUGUUCUUUAUAUUGGUGGUUUGGUAUGAAUAACAGUAUGGAUUAUAGUAUAAUCAUAGGAUAACCUCGACACAAUCGAGAUGAUGUAUUGUCUGCAAUAAAUAAUUCUGUCCAAUAAUUUUGGAACAGAUAGAACGUGAAGUCUAGCUACCCUCUAAAUCUAACUUUUUAAUACACUUUUUACGCAGCCAUAAUGCUGACUCCUGGGGAGUGUUUCAUCAACAUUUUCAUCCGACAAGUUGUCAGAUCUGACAUCUUUCUCUGAUGUUGAUUGGCUGAGAGGUACUGUUACUAUGGUAACUGUCGGAUAAGAUGGGACUUGUCGGAUAAAACGUCCGACAAGUCCUUUCAUGAAACGCCUCCCGGAAAUGCUCAAACAAGUGGAAGCGCCGUGGCGUGUGGAAGCGCCGUGGUGUAGCGGUUCUGACUCUCGCCUUGUAAUAAGAGGGUCGUGUGUUCGAAUCCCACUAUGGUCUAGCGUUCCUUGGCAAGGCGUCAAUCCACAAUUUGCCGGAAAAUUUGCCAUUCUCCACCCAGGUGUUAAAUGGGUACCCGGUAGGAUGCGAAAGCCUAUGUAGUAUGCCUAGCAAUUGAGUCUUGGAACUCUUGUUGGAAUGCUCCCCAGGGAGUGGAGAAGGUGCAUACAUGAUUGUAUGCGGGCAUGCAAGGAUCCGAUGACCGGGGUAAUAAUAUAUCUGUAAAGCGCUUAGAGACGUCGUUCCGAUGUGUAAAGCGCUAUAUAAAUGCGGAUUAUUAUUAUUAUUAUUAUUGUUAAUUCUUUACCCACAGUAAGAUAUUUUCAUCACGCAGUUUUUUAUAAUAUUGGAAUAGCAAAUGACUGAAUGAAAUAAAAUGACAUAAACAAAAGUA